AUGCGUCCUGCAGCCUGGCUGCACUGGGCCUCCCUCCUGCUCCUGGUCAGGCAUGCCCAGCUCUGCCCUAAGGGCUGUGACUGCAUCAUCCAGGAUGUGUUCUGCUCAGAUGAGGGGAUGGCGGCCGUGCCUCUGGACAUCCCGCCCCAUGCCACAAACAUUGUCUUUGUGGAGACCUCGUUCUCCACGGUGGGAACCAGGGCCUUCAGUGGCAGCCCCAACCUGACCAAGGUGGUCUUCCUGAGCACCCAGCUCUGCCACUUCGGGCCAGAUGCCUUUGGGGGGCUGCCCAGGCUCGAGGACCUGGAAAUCACUGGCAGUGCCUUCUCCAACAUCAGCGCCCACAUCUUCUCCAACCUGGCCUCGCUGACCAAGUUCACCCUCAACUUCAACAAGCUGGAGGCUCUGCCCGAGGUCCUCUUUCAGCACAUGGAAGCCCUGGACUCCCUCCAGCUGCAGGGGAACCAGCUCCAGACACUGCCCAGGAGGCUCUUCCAUCCUCUGGGACGUCUGAGGACCCUCAACCUGGCUCAGAACCUCCUGACCCAGCUUCCUGAGAAGCUGUUUGACCGCCUGGUCAGCCUGCAGACCCUGAAGCUGAGCAACAAUGCCCUCUCUGGCCUCCGCCAGGGUGUGUUUGACAAGCUGGGCAGCCUACAGGAGCUUUUCCUGGAUGGCAACUCCAUAUCGCAGCUGCACCCCCAAGUGUUCUCGGAGCUCCCCUGCCUGGAGAAGCUGUGGCUGCAGCAUAACGCCAUUGAGCACCUGCCACUCACCAUCUUCUCCUCCCUGGGCAAACUCACCUUCCUGAACCUACAGCACAAUGCACUCCGGACACUGCCAGCCGGCCUCUUCGCCCAGACCCCAGGCCUGGUGGGGCUGUCCUUGUCCCACAACCAGCUGGAGACCAUCGCAGAGGGGACUUUUGCCAACCUGUCCAGCCUCAGCUCCCUCACACUCUCAUACAACGCCAUCACCCACCUCCCUGUCGGCAUCUUCAGGGACCUCAAGGAGUUGGUCAGGCUCUACCUGGGCAGCAACAACCUGACGGCCUUGCACCCAGCCCUGUUCCAGAACCUGUCCAAGGUGAAGCAGCUCAGCCUCACCAAGAACCUCCUUACCACGCUCCCCGAGGGCAUCUUCGACACCAACUACAACCUGUUCAACCUGGCCCUGCACGGCAACCCCUGGCAGUGUGACUGCCACCUGGCCUACCUCUUCAGCUGGCUGCGCCAGUACAGCGACCGCCACUUCAACAUGCAGACCUACUGCGCCGGCCCUGCCUACCUGAAGGGCCAGGCGGUGCCCGCCUUGGAGGAGAAGCAGCUGGUGUGCCCUGUCACCAGGGACCGCUUGGGUUUCCAGGCCCCGGGGCCUGAUGAGCGGGAGCCAGGGGGGAGCUGGGAUCUGGCCGCGGAGGAAAGGGCAGCACGAAGCCGGUGCACCUACAGCAAUCCCGAGGGGACCGUGGUGCUGGCCUGCGAUGAGGCCCGGUGUCACUGGCUCAACAUUCAGCUGUCUUCUCGACAGGACUCGGGUGCCCCGGGACUGGCAUACAAUGCCAGUCAGGAAUGGGACUUGAGGUCGAGCUGUGGCUCUGUUCGGGUCACCGUGUCUAUUGAGGCCCGAGCUGGGGACACCUAGGAGCAGGAGCAGGGCCUGGGCAGAUGGCCUCCAGGGCCUGACCAGGUGAGGGGUAGGGGCCAGGGAAAGCUGAGUCUUUGGUUUUUUAGAUGCAAGAUUACAUCUCCAAGGUGGAGGAGGUGUCAUCAGGCCUGUUCCACCACCCAGGGCCUUCUCCUCCUCCUUCAUAACCUGCCUACUGGGAGGCUAAGACCAUGGUUUGCAAAGCGUCAUUUAAGCUGCAUCACAGUCUGGAGAAUAAAACAGCAUCUGCCCCACCUCAGUGGUUUUCUAUCACUCACAUUCCCCCACUCAGGUUCAGAGUCCCCGGAGGCACAUUUAUCACUGUUCCUGUUAUGCAGA